AUGAUCACCUCCGUGGACCGCGCUAAAGGCACGGUUACGGCACUGUUCUAUCACUACGAUUUGAUACUUCUCGCCUCCGACUCCUCCUCGACUCGCCGCGCCCACGGCUCAGAGGCCGUUCCAGUCAAAGACACCAAUGAGACCCGCGUCGGGGUGGUUGAUCUGCCCCGUGUACAGCCCGAUGACGAAGCGGAGAGGGCUGGACUGGCCGCCGCGGAAGUCCUCGAGGCUGCUGACGAGCGAGUCGAUGUCCUGGUCCUGGAUGUCGUGGAUGACGCCCUGCUGUAUGGCCGGUUCCUCGCCGAUGGACGCUACGAGCUCCUCAACCGCCUCGAGUCAGGCGCUGAGGGCGUCGUCUUCAGUGCUCGAAAGCACUCUUCCACCUCUCUCAACCCCGUUCCGCGUGCCAUCAAAAUCAUGUAUUCACACUCGGACUGGGACACGACCGAAGCCGAGCUUCAGUCCCUCGCUGCGGGCCACCCGGAUGUCGCCGAUGUCCACGACGUCUUCGAGGACGCCGAGUACACCUACAUCGUCACCGACCUCUUCGACGCGGGCGACCUGCACACAUAUGUCUGGGACAAGGUGGCGCCCCUGGCUGGCGACGUUGCCGCCGUCAAGCGCAUCUUCCUCGGCAUCCUCGACGGAGUGGCCGCCGACCUCAAGCUCGCCAACAUCCUCGUCGACGAGGAGCGCGGCCGUGUCUGCAUCGCGGACUUUGGGCUCGCGACGACCGAGGACUGGAGUUGCGACUACGGUGCCGGGACGCCGUGCUACAUGUGUCCAGAAGCACUAGGGAGCACAGACGACGACAAUGAGACGCUACUCCCGUACGACACUCGCCGGAACGACAUCUGGGCGCUCGGGAUCAUCCUCAUCGAACUCACCUGCGGCCUCCGCCCCUGGGAAGAGGCCUCCGCGCGCACGAGCGACCGCUUCCGUGCGUACGCCGCGGACCCGGCCGCCCUGCGCACAUUCCUCCCGAUCUCGACAGCGCUCGACGCGCUCCUCCGCCGCAUCCUCCUCGUCCACUCGUACACCAAGCGGGCUCCGCAACCAGUGACGCUCGAGGAGAUCAGAGAGGCGGUCGAGAGGAUGGAGAGGUUCUGGAUGGACGAAUAA